AAGUCCGAAGUUGUAUGAAGAUCCAACUUAAAAUAUCUCUUCUUUUUUAGAUUCCUCUUUUUACUUAUAAAGACUGACGGAAUAACCCCCUUCUCUCACUUCUCCUUUAAUUGUCUUUGCUUUCUAGUUCUGCAAUGAAUUGUCUUCAAAAUUUCCCCAGGUUUAACGCAUUGCCAUUUGAGUUCUUCAAAUCCCAUGAAACUAAAUGUUCAAGCUUUGUUCAUAUGUUGCCUGUGAUGAAGGCUAGUGAUCUGGAUUUUCACCGAAAUGUGGUUAUAAAGGCAGUUUCUGGCUCCCAAUCCAGUAAUGAGAUCAGUAAAAGUGAAGAGGAGCAAAUAUCAGACGUAUACAGUAAUACCAUGACAGAAGCAAUGGGUGCUUCUCUGACCUAUAGGCAUGAAUUGGGGAUGAACUAUAAUUUUAUUCGCCCAGACUUGAUAGUCGGUUCAUGUCUACAGACUCCUGCAGAUGUUGACAAGCUUCGAAAUAUUGGAGUUAGAACUAUUUUCUGUCUCCAGCAAGACCCUGAUCUUCAAUAUUUUGGAGUUGAUAUCAAUGCUAUUCAGAAGUAUGCAGAGAAAUAUAUUGAUAUUGAACAUAUCCGUGCUGAAAUUAGGGACUUUGAUGCGUUUGAUUUACGAACGAGGCUUCCAGCCGUCGUGAGCAAAUUAUAUAAGGCAGUUAACCGAAAUGCAGGCGUAGCCUACAUUCAUUGUACUGCUGGAAUGGGGAGAGCUCCUGCUGUUGCUCUGGCCUACAUGUAUUGGAUCCAAGGAUAUAGGCUAAAUGACGCCCACAGAUUACUGCUGGGAAAACGUUCUUGCUUCCCGAAAUUGGAUGCUAUCAAAAGUGCAACAGCUGACAUUCUUACAGGUCUAAAGACGAAGCCAGUCACAUUCAAAUGGCACGACCAAAGUUGUACACUUGUUGAAAUUGCUGGGCUUGAUAUUGGAUGGGGCCAGAAAAUUCCACUGAAAUUUGAUGCCGAACAAAAUGCAUGGAUUCUGCAACGAGAACUGCCGGAAGGACGUUAUGAAUACAAGUACGUUGCCGAUGGUGAAUGGACUUGCAACAAGUAUGAACUUAUGACGGCUCCAAACAAUGAUGGUCAUGUCAACAACUAUGUUGAGGUUAUUGCUGAUGAUCCAAAUAGUGAAAGUGCACAAAUGAGGAAGAGGUUGACCGGUGAUGUUCCCGAUCUUACCACGAAUGAAAGAAUUAGAAUACGACAAUUUCUUGAAGAAUUCUCGGAUCAUGAGUGAUGCUGAUUAUUUCAGUUUGUCUUGUAAAAGAUUGUGAAAAACAUAAAUAAAAGGACAAUUAAACUUUUGGGCACCUCAUGAUUCAGCCAUAGUUCAUACGAGUCAAUAUCUAUGUUAAUUAAUGAGUUGUUUUGUACCCUACUUACUCUAGAUCACAUGUAUAGAACCUCUUCGAUAACCAAAAAAGUAUAAUGUUUAGCCCAUGCAAUGUAGGUUGUAUACGAGAUUUGGUAAUAUUGCAAAAGUAUUCUUUGGUUUCGGUUA